GGAUGACUCGCCGGGACAGGAGGAACAUGCAGAGGCCAUGCAAAAAAAAAAAAGACGCAGCAGAGAGCGUUCGAGAGCAACGAGGUCAUUCGUGCGCAAGCUCUGACGAGAGAGACAGCCACAAAUUGCCUAAAGAGGAAAGAUAUCUGGGCGGAGACGGAAGUACGGCAGGUGCCUGGGAGCGGAGAUCGAAAGGAAGGGCGAGGAUUGGAACUUGGUCGGUGGUGCUGUUGUCGGUGUCUGCUCAUCGUUGGCAACGGCAGACUCGCACUCGUCAACGACAUCCUCGCUCUAUCUUCUUCCUGUUUCCCUCCUUUCUUUCUCCAGAUUCUCUUUCUUCCCGUGCGUGUCUUACAGCUUUCCUGCUUGGUUUCGUAUCUGACCUUUACAUCUUCUCUGUCCUUCUCGCUUCAACAGUCACCACGACUUCCACGACGGCAAUCUUCGUCUACACCAUUGCGUGGCAAUCAGCCUAAUCUAUUCUCUCUUCACCUUAUUCCAGUCCAUGGCCGUUCUCGCUCCUCAGGACUGGCACCCACCUAGAGAUCACACCAUGGACGCGCCUUCCCCCAAUUCAUCCAACUCUUCCAUUCCUCGUCAACGUUCUUCGCCUGCCAACGACCAUUCAGCUUCCACUUCACCGUUACCUCCGCAACAACCGUAUCCUUAUCCUGUUCAGCAACAACAAGCUGGCUGGACUCCUGCUCAACAGCAGCAGUUCUAUCCUGCUUUCUACCAAAACCCGCAGCCUUAUGGUAUACACGGGAGUCCCCACUCUCCCCCCGGCCAGCUACAGUCUCCUUAUUACGACCCAGCCAACGCUCAGUUUGCCCAGUGGGCUUAUCAGCAGAUGAUGUUCAACGCUCACCAGGCUCAUCAAUUGUCCCACGUUCCUUCACCCAUGUCGGGUCAGCGCAAUCGUGCCGGUAGCGCAAGUGCAGGUGGCGAUUAUUUUCCGCCAGGUCAGAUGGCGAACUACAAUCUCUUUCCUAGUGGUACGCCUCCCCCACAUCCGUCCCAGCUUCCCAACGGCUACCCUGCUGGACAAGGUGACCAACAACAAUCCCAAUAUGGGGGCUUUCAUCCGUAUCGUCGCCCAAACCGUCAGGGUUCUCAUAACCAGGAUACUCAGCAGCCUCCCGCUGACUGGCGUCCAGGCAUGCAACAAUUUACACCAGCUUCCAUACAGCCUCCGUAUGUCCGAGCAGAUGCCUCCGGUUCAUCGACAUCUGUCAAUUCCAACUCUGCUGUCUCUAAUGGUACCCGUCCACGUACUAACAGUAAUCAAGGCUCAUCAGCAGGCGGCGGCAGCGGCGCGGGCAGCCCAUCAAGUCAUUCUCAUGGCAAGGCCGUCGCGACCAAUGGACAUGGCAGGAUAGGAAGUGGAAACUCCACAGCUUCUUCGACUCCGAGUAUUCCUCCACAGAGGCCGCAUACUCGCACGAACUCAUCAUCUUCCAAUACCUCGUCCUCUACGGCUCCUCGAUCAUCAUCAGGUUCAUCAGCAACGGCCCCGACGACGACGACGACUUCCUCUCACCCGCCCGUUAAUCUUCGGAAGCCGUCUCCCUUAUCGCAGGAUACCUUCACUGCGGCAGAGAAGCGCAUGUCCCGCGAUGAUAGUGAUCUCACAGCGAUGCUUGAGCCUGCGCCUGGCGUUCGUAGCGGUGGAUUGAAAGGUCGUCUGCGUCGGGCAUUAUCGCUCAACGCUGGUGCAGCGUUACAGGAAGAGCCUGAAGAGGACACUCCGGUGAAGGGAAAGUCAAUCGCACGGCACGUCCCAACGACGAGUACCGGCGCAAGCUCACAUCCUGCCCUCGCUGACGAUGACGAGUCUACGGCGACAGUUCAGAAGAAGAAGUCGCGGUCGUUGUUCAACUCGCGCUUGAAUCGCUCGACAGACAAUAUCUCGCUUUCUUCCACUAUGUCUUCUGCAUCGAUGGUCAUCCGAAAGCUUGGAUCCAUCGGUAAGCUCACACGACGGAACUCUCUUGCUGGGAUCACCUCUCUGUUCAAGGACAAGAAGGACAAGGAUAAGGAUAAGGAUAAGGAAGUUGAGGAUGCGGACGCGAGCGGGAAGAAGGGGAAGAAGAAGAAAGGAGAGAAGAGUUCUGCUUCGGAGGCCAGUGUCUCCCAUGCGACGGCCGAGUUCGAUCGUGGUGAUUGGACCGUAGACAUGCCUUCCGGGUUGAGUCCAGCCGCUAUGCUCGCUCGACAACACACUUUGAAGAGCAACGCUGAAGCGGCCGCGAGGGCGAAGGCUGAGCAAGAAGCUAAAGCUGCCGCGGCUGCUGCUGCACAACAUAACGCAUCUGGCGACCCUGUACCUGCUACUUGGGAGAAGAACACGACUAAUCGCCAAGGCGAGAACCUACCUGCGAGGAUGACGAGAGUGAAUGAAGAUGGAAUGAGGGUGGUCGUGGAGGACGAUGACUCUGACAGUGACGAUGGACACAGUGAUGACCAUCACCAUGCUUCUCAGAAUUAUAGUAUGGACGGUUGGGACGACGACGAGGAUUGGGAAGGACCUCACGAUGACGAGGAUAUAACUAUCAGAGCGGCCUUGGACAACGCGGCGUUGGAUGACGAGGAGAUGGAGCCUUGGGCUAUCAACGUGAGGCGGAGCAUUGAGAGGGUGAGAAGACCGACCAAGGGUAUUCUCAAGACUCGACCAGACGGGACAGGUUACGAACAAGACGCGUACCUCCCUCACCCCAACCCGUCUUUCACUCGAAACAGGUCCAACUCCUACGAUUCGCCAUCUACCCAGGGACAAGCAAGCAGUUCCCUGGCUCAUAUUCCGUCACCUAAUCCUGAUCAGAUCGACGGUCUGGCUAAGCAUCACAAUUCGUCAAACGGUCAAUCGUCCACGUCCUUCAUCCCGCCGCUCAGCUUCGAAACGGGAGGUCCGGAUACAGAGUCACCGAAGGAUAUCUCAGACACAAGUAGCCAGCACACUGUCACCACCGAGAGGUCCUUAUUCAACCACCCUAACUCUUCUGCACCGGCAUUAUCGAGGAUGUUCUCCGCUAACCCUCCUACACUGACCACUCGUUCUGCUACAGCUCCUGCGAAGCGUCUCGCGUUCGCCACCAACCUCUCUGUAUACGACACAUUCCCUGCUACCGUCUACGAUCGUCGUAGCGAGCCUGCGACGUGGAGCCGUUUGACCCCUGCCCUUGCUCAGCGUAUCAAGGAGGAGCUUAACUCGUACAAGAUGGAAGAAAUGGAGGUACAUUCGUCGAGUCGGGUUCAUACACAAUUCUUCGUAUGAGCACGUCGUCGCCAUCCUCUAUUGUUCUUCCUUAUCCUUUCUUACGCCCUUAUACGAAAAUUCGAAACCUUCGACUACUCCGUUAUUCAUCUGAUCAAUCACCUCAUCUAUUCGUACUCAACUGAUCGUUUGUUAUUCUUCUCCCCCGCCCUCACCCCCUACCCUCCCGCGUUGUCGUCGUCGCUUCUGACUUUCAAGUUCGUCGCAUAUGGUCGUCGGUGCAUGCACUCUUGGAUCUGAUAUCCCUGACUGUUUAUCUCAAUUUAACGCUAUACCCCCCAACCCACCCAGUUUCCUCAAUGUGUAAAAGUACAAUGCACGUUGUUUGUCCCUCACUUAUUUUCUCUCUCCCUCGCGCGCUCUCUUAUCUCUCUGGUUUCUGGCCGAUCAAAUGCAUUCCUCUCACUGCACUGUCGUCAUCUCUUGACUACAUACUCACCAACACUCAUUACACUCUGAGCUCACUGGAUGGACUUAUACCUAAGCCAAGUCUUGUAGCUACUUGCAAUAUCCUAUAAUACAAUAUUAGAUUUCUUAUUCUCCAUUUCAACUGACUCCAAUGCAAUCAUUCAUUCUGCCAGGAUC